AUGUACGAGCGCAAGGUGCGAGAAGGCACAAUCCAGCGCGAUGAUUUUCAGCGCCAGAUUGUGUCGAUACUCGAUCGUUUGCACUACGAUUUACGCACAUACAAGCAGCCGCCUGUGCCGGAUGUCGAAGCAUGCCUGGACGCGACCACUUCGACUUCGUGGGGGCUAUGGGGAUCGCUGACGAGUUGGUUUUCGCAGAACACGCACGGUGAAGCGUCGUGCCCUUCAUUUCGCCCUGCCGGCACGCCACAGGGUCUGUACUUAUAUGGUGACGUCGGCACUGGUAAGAGCAUGCUGAUGGACUUGUUCUAUCACACAUUGCCCACGAAUAUCACGCGCAAGCGCCGAGUCCAUUUUCAUCAGUUUAUGAUCGAUGUGCAAAAAAGCUCCCAUACCUUCAAGGCACGCUACCGGGACAAGGGACAUGACGACGUGGAUCCUAUUGAGCCGGUGAUUCGCGAUAUUGCACAAAAGGCCGAGGUGCUAUGCUUUGAUGAGUUCCAGGUCGUGGACAUCGCUGACGCCAUGAUCUUGCGUCGUCUUCUCGAAGGCCUAUUGCGCUAUGGCGUCGUGAUUGUCACCACCUCGAAUCGGCAUCCCACAGAGCUCUACAAAAAUGGUAUCCAACGCUCGAGCUUUAUCCCAUGCAUUGAGCUGAUCGAGUCACAGUACCACGUCGUGUCACUCAACUCGGGCACAGACUACCGCAAGGUGCCACAGAAGCGCUACCAAACAUACUUUACCCUGUCGGACUCCCAAGGCGCCGCAGAGUAUGAGCAGCUGUGGCAGGAGCUGACCCAAUCUGAGCCUGUGAUGGAGAAUCGCUCGCUGUCAGUGUGGGGCCGCUCGCUGCAAGUGCCGAAGAGCACGUCGCGUGUCGCCCGCUUCACCUUUCUGCAGCUGUGUGGCGAGCCACGCAGUGCCGCUGACUAUAUUGCGCUAUGCAAAGAGUUCCACGCCUUUUUUAUUGACGAUAUACCACAUAUGAACCUGGACAUGCGUGACUGGGCCCGGCGCUUCAUUACGUUUGUGGACGCCGCGUACGAAAGCAAGGCCCGUCUGUUUUGCACGUCAGAAGUCGAGAUCAUGAAGGUGUUUAGCAACACGACGACAUGGGACGAGAUGUCGUCGAGCCAGAUGCGUGUGCUCAUGGACGACCUCAACAUGGACAUGAGCGACGUUGGCAACUCGUCCAUCUUCAGCGGCCACGAAGAGCUGUUUGCGUUUGCGCGUCUCUUGUCGCGACUCAGUGAGAUGCAAACGAAGCCGUAUGCUGACAUGUCGGCUCAACUAUAUCAUCUAAACGCGUCGUAG